GCAGUGGCUGCCCUCUUACAUUACUUCCUUCUGACAUCUGUCAUGUGGAUGACUGUUGAAGCUUUCCAUGUCUAUCUAAGUGUGGUCAUUGUAUUCAAAACAUGUCAGACGUCUUUUAUGAAGAGUUCCAUUUUUGCCUGGGGUCUUCCAGCAGUCAUCGUUAUAAUUACCCUGGCAAUUAACUCCACAGACAAUUACAUCAAAACCGCAGAGGUCUGUUGGUUAUCCGCACCACAUUUCUAUGCUGCUUUCCUGGUUCCUGUUGCGAUCAGUCUCAUCUUCAACAUUAUCAUGCCUUCUCUCGUUAUCUGGCACCUUAUAAUGAUGCAAAGUAAUAAGAGAUCUCAGCAGAAAAGAAGUAAAGUACGUGUUUUGGGCCUGGUUGGUUUGCUGUUUUUGUUUGGACUCACAUGGGUCUUUGCCUUCUUCGCUGUUAGCGAAGCAGCAAAAGUGUUUGUGUAUCUUUUUACUAUAUUCAAUACACUUCAAGGAAUGUUUAUCUUCAUAUUCUAUUGUAUAUACAAGAAAGAUACCAGAGAUGUCUUCAGGGGGUUUGUAAAUGAAAGUAAGAGAAUGAAUCAGUGGAAAAUUACCGACGGCAGAAGUUCAAGUUCUGUUAAUGAAAUAAUGGACAAAGCAACAGAAACAAACUUAUAAGUAAAAAUCGAAAAAGCGCCUCCAAGAGUCAUGUUUGAUAAUAUUUUACAUGUUAAAAUAAUAUCUUUGUCAUAUAUAUAAUA